AUGACUGAGUCCAGGGACAGAGACACCACUGCCUUCAUGAGCCACGUUCUAACACACAGCAACACAACUCAGGUGGGGGCCCUCUCCAGUCUGGCCGAGGCCUCGGUCCAGCUCCACUCGUGUGUCCAGGCUCUGCAGGAGACCGAGGAGGCGGGACUUGAGCCUGUGGACAUGCUGUCAAUCAUACAGCUGCUGUCCCAGGCUGCUGAUGUCGCCGUGGAGACAGACACCGCUGCAGCCAAUCAGAGCGAGGGGCGGGUCCAGAGGCUCGGCCAGGACUUCCUCAGUGUGGCAGAUAGUGUGAUGAGCCAGGACAACGCACACAAGUGGCAGGCCAUCAAAGAGCACACUCUGCAUUCUCACGACUGUGUUUGUCGCUGUAUUGAUCCGAGUGUUCUGCAGCCACUCAGCGCUCCCAAGGACACGCCACGAAGCCGCAAUGGAACCUGGGUACUCGGGGAGACCGGCUCCUCUCGGGCUCGAGGGGACCACAGCAGAAGAAUGGGAGUAGUUCUGCUAAAGUUUCAGCGUCUGUGGAUAGUUUGCAGUCAGCGUCUGUGGAAAGUUUGCAGUCAGCGCCUGUGGAAGGUUUGCAGUCAGCGCCUGUGGAAAGUUUGCAGUCAGCGCCUGUGGAAAGUUUGCAGUCAGCGCCUGUGGAAAGUUUGCAGUCAGCGCCUGUGGAAAGUUUGCAGUCAGCGCCUGUGGAAAGUUUGCAGUCAGCGCCUGUGGAAAGUUUGCAGUCAGCGUCUGUGGAAAGUUUACAAUCAGCGCCUGUGGAAAGUUUGCAGUCAGCGUCUGUGGAUAGUUUGCAGUCAGCGUCUGUGGAAAGUUUGCAGUCAGCGCCUGUGGAAGGUUUGCAGUCAGCGCCUGUGGAAAGUUUGCAGUCAGCGUCCGGAAAGUUUGCAGUCAGCGUCUGUGGAAAGUUUGCAGUCAGCGUCUGUGGAAAUUUUGCAGUCGGCGUCUGUGAAUAGUUUGCAGUCAGCGUCUGUGGAAAGUUUGCAGUCAGCGCCUGUGGAAGGUUUGCAGUCAGCGCCUGUGGAAAGUUUGCAGUCAGCGUCCGGAAAGUUUGCAGUCAGCGCCUGUGGAAAGUUUGCAGUCAGCGUCUGUGGAAAGUUUGCAGUCAGCGUCUGUGGAAAGUUUGCAGUCAGCGCCUGUGGAAAGUUUGCAGUCAGCGCCUGUGGAAAGUUUGCAGUCAGCGCCUGUGGAAAGUUUGCAGUCAGCGCCUGUGGAAAGUUUGCAGUCAGCGCCUGUGGAAAGUUUGCAGUCAGCGUCUGUGGAAAGUUUACAGUCAGCGUCUGUGGAAAGUUUGCAGUCAGCGUCUGUGGAUAG